AUGGCUCCCCGAGGAAUCUUCGAGGACGAGGAGCUCACCAUCUCCCUGUCCUCGUCCCACGUCCGACGCCUGCAGCAACACCCGCCUCCCCAUCAGCAUGGCCGCGCCGACGCCGACGCCGACGUCGACCCCGUCGCCGCCGUGAUAUCGCCUCCUUCGCGCUCCUCGAGAGCCAUGGACCAUCCCCAUCGGAGCAGGACCAAGGCCGAGCAGCGCAUCGGCGCCUACAAGGUCGUCAGGACCCUCGGCGAGGGCUCCUUCGGCAAGGUCAAGCUCGCCAUCCACCACGGCACCGGCCAGCAGGUUGCCCUCAAGAUCAUCGCCCGCAAGAAGCUCAUCAGCCGCGACAUGGCCGGCCGCGUCGAGCGAGAGAUUGAGUAUCUCCAGCUUCUUCGCCACCCUCACAUCAUCAAGCUCUACACCGUCAUCAAGACGAGCAACGAGAUCAUCAUGGUCCUCGAGUACGCCGGCGGCGAGCUCUUCGACCACAUCGUCCAGCACGGUCGCAUGAGCGAGUCCGAGGCCCGUCGCUUCUUCCAGCAGAUGCUCUGCGCCGUCGAAUACUGCCACCGCCACAAGAUUGUCCACCGCGACCUGAAGCCCGAGAACCUGCUCCUCGACGAACACCUCAACGUCAAGAUUGCCGACUUUGGUCUCAGCAACAUCAUGACGGACGGAAACUUCCUCAAGACGAGCUGCGGCAGCCCCAACUACGCCGCGCCCGAGGUCAUCGGCGGCAAGCUCUACGCCGGUCCCGAGGUCGACGUCUGGAGCUGCGGCGUCAUCCUGUACGUCCUCCUCGUCGGCCGGCUCCCCUUCGACGACGAGCACAUCCCAAGCCUGUUCGCCAAGAUCGCGAGGGGCACCUACAGCAUCCCUCCCUGGAUGCCCAGCGGCGCCGCCAACCUGAUCAAGAGGAUGCUCGUCGUCAACCCGGUCCAGCGCGUCACCAUCGAGGAGAUCCGCCAAGAUCCCUGGUUCAUAACCGACCUGCCGCCCUACCUGCAACCGCCGGUCGAGGAGUUCCUCAACACCGGUGUCGACCCUAACAAGGCCAUCGAGAAAGCCGACAUCGCGCCCAACGCAUCCGUCCAGGUGCAGGAGAAGCUGCACAACGAAGUGACGGACAAGAUCAGCAAGACCAUGGGCUAUGGAAAGACCGAUGUCGAAGAGGCACUGCAGUCGGAGGAACCGUCGGCGAUCAAGGACGCGUACAUGAUUGUUCGAGAAAACAAGCUGAUGAAAGUGAACAUCAACCCCGAUUCCGGAGCCGAGAUGGACGAUAUCGGGAGCCCUCUGAUGAGCAUGUCGUCGGCUCGCUCGACCACGUCCCAAGCCGGCGGCGCCCUCUCCCCUCGGCCCUACGUCAGCAAGGUCGGCAUCCUGCCGAGCAGCAUCCCCAACUACCACAAGGACUUUAUCGAGAGAGGAAAGACGAGCAUCGACAGCAGCCAGCCCUCAGCCAAUGCGAUACACGAAGAGCCGUCGUCGGCGAGGACCGAGGCCGAAAAGGAGGAGGCGGUGCGCCGCCUGAAACCUCACGCCCGCUCUCAGAUGAAGCUCGAGGAGGGAUCGAAGCGGCCUCAGGGCAUGACGCCGAUCAACCUGCCAAAGAAGAUCAAGCCCGUGCGCUGGCAGUUUGGCAUCCGGUCCCGAAAUGCACCCUGGGAGGCCUUGCUCUGCAUCCACAAGGCACUUCAUAAGCUUGGGGCCACGUACAUUCCGGACGAAGACUACGCGCGGUCACGCCGCAAGGAUAGCGAUGCACCGAGCGGGGACGGGAGCUUCUCGGACGACUACGACGGCGCGCCGCUGGAGCGAGAAUCAGACUCAAGCUUGGAUCCGGCCAAACGAUACAAGCUGCCCGCCGACCCGUGGCACAUCAAGGUCCGAUGGGAAUCGUCGAACAUGAAGCACAAGUCGUUGAACCCUCCGGAAGGCUGCGGUGCCGACCACGUUGGCACGCCCGACAGCUACCACAUUUACGAAAUGGAGCAGGGCGUGUUCCUGGUGGACUUUAAGUGCUCGGGAUACGAGACGCCCGAGGGCAUGCUGCUCGAGGAGAAGGAGGUCACGAGCCCGUUCCCCUUCCUCGACAUGGCUGCCAGGUUGAUUAUGCAGCUCGCCGAGUCGGAUUGA